GACCUGCGCAGUUGCGCAGCCACUGAUCUUUUCUCAGCCAUCUCCAGUUGCCUUUGAGCCCGCGGAUUGAUGAAAUCGCCUCGACCGUUUGUUACCGAUUGCGAUUUGUUGUCAAUAUUAGAUAAUUUUUGUUAACCCCAAAACGCACACCAUUCUGCAACGCUGCACCGCACGACAGGACAGGAGCGCCCGGGGCGCGACCGACACAACAGCAAACCGAAGCCAGAAACCCAGGAAAGAACAGAGAGUGAGAAGAGAUUAUCACACACAAAAAAAGCGCACGAAAACAGGCUUCACACACAAAACGCGAAACGCUGGCUGGCUAGUUGCGGAACGGUAGUGUGACGUUUUGGUCCAGUCGCGGUCCUGGUGCUGGUUUUGGGCUGCAUUCGAGUGAAAAGCAAAACAGAGGGCCCUCCUGGUGAACCUGACUGGGUGCCACGGUAGUGCUCGUUGCUCGGUCGUUUCGGGUUGCUGCGUGUGGCCACGCGACUCGUCAGCGGGAAAAGAGUAGACGAGGCUGCCCGUAACGGAAAACGCCCUCGACAACCGAAAACCCGUGCAAGCGCGUUGCAAGCGAAACAGCGAUCCCUUCCUCGCAGGUUCCACCCAGCAGCACGGCCAACUCGGGCACGGUCCACGCGGGAGGUAUCUGUCGUGGUCCAGCGACCGAGCUGUUUUUUCCCCUCUGACCCGUGCAAGGAACACGCCAGGCGUUCCCGGUUUGACGCAAGUGGGAUGUUCAGCGAUUGAUAGCGUAAAGUAAGCAGUGCCAGCAGCAGCAGCAGCAGUAGGAGCAGCAGCAGUAGCAGUUAGUAGUAACCACAAACAACCAAUGCACAAGUAGAGCGUUUGCUUGCACCGUAGCAUCUGGUAGCAGACACGCGUAAGCAGCAACAGCAGCAGCAUCCUCGUGUAGCAGCACCGUGGAACAUUCCUUGAUGGUAGUCAAUUCGUGAUCGUGAAUCAAGGCGUCCCCGAGCGACCGUCAUAAAGUAGAAGAUAACCCGGCCAAAGCUAAUGUUUUAAUCGUCCACUCAGCGUGCAGCUGUACAACACAGCACAGAACAGUAGAUAAGCAAAGCAAAAUCAAACACACCGUUUGGCAUGGGUAAGGAGCGGCAACAUAGCGUAAUCGGGCUCUCUUCGCGGUGAGACAUAACGGUGCCCCGCGCUCAUGUGCAGCAGCGACAAUGCAGUGUAUGGAACAGGUGACAGCUCUGGUCAGUGUUUUAGUGCAACCGCCGGUAGUGUCCGCACGGGAUAGCAUCGAUACAAAGCGAAACUAGCCACAGCAAGCCUGUGCCUGCGGUAUGCUACAGAGGUUGGAAAGUAGCGUCAAGGGCUCAAAACAUAAGACAAAAUAAGAAGAACGCCUCUCCUGCGUAAUCAAAACGGAAAUAAAACGCACGUAAUACCACAGUUUCCUACUCACAUACAUAUAGGAAUUGAAAGCAGUAUCUCUGUGUGUGUGUGUGUUCAUAGAAAGGGCGACAAUGUAAUUGCAACCCUCGCAUGGUUAGAAUUGAUCACACGAAAAUGGAACUAGCGUAACACUCGAACGUCUGUAAAAAUGUUAUCCUAGUAGAAUUUAAAACAUAACCUUUACAACAAAACAGCUAAACCAAACGAAUAAUGAUAUACUCUCGCCAUGCGAAUUGAAUAUCUAAGUGUCAACGUGUUCUUAACAGUGCAAAACAAUUCAAAACAAAAGUAGAGCAAUCUCUCAUUCUCCCUUCGUGCUCACUUUCGCUCACUCUAUCGCUCUAUCGAAUAGAGUAGUUGUUCGGCGAUCUGUAAGUGUGUGUGUGCCCCAUGUGUCAUCAUCAUCAUCAUCAUCAUCGGUGUACUAUUAACGCGAGUGUGUGUCGUACGUGUGCGUGUGUGUUUGUCGUGUGAAUUCUUUCUAAUUGAAAUUUUUAAAAGAAAAGUUAAAUAAAGCCAAUCCUUCCCUCGCAAGUGCGGUGGCCUGGAUGGAUCACGCAAGGAUUAAGGGCAAACGUCAACUACCCACAACGGCGGUGGCGGUGAAAGGUGCUUGAAGCAAACUAACUAAGCAAGCCAGUGCCAUUGCCAUUUUACGAUUGCUGCUGUCAAUACAUGUUAUUGUCACCAUAGUUACCGACGAGAGCAGUGUGGUUCGUACCGUCGGUUCUGCCGUGGCCAAGAGUGUAUCGCAGUCGGAGUGACGGGGUCGGAUAUUCCGACACGUUGUUGUGAGUUGCAGUGUAUGUGCAUGUGUGUGUGUGGGUGUACGUGCGUGUGUGUUUGACCGUAUCGGCAAAGGGAUAUAGGGCUUGGCUAGAGAUUACACAACAGAGUAUCCCAGCACGCUCGCGCCGCAUCCCAGGUACGACCAAGUGUGUGGUUUGACGUGUGUUUUGGGUUGCCGCUUCAGCGACUCACCGACUCAGUUGGCGCUAGGGCAGCGUUUGCGCGACGGCUCUGAGGACGGCGCCAUUCAACGAAGGUGCCAAAGGUGCCGCCUUCCUUCAGAAGG